AUGGAACGACCUCUGGCCGGCGAGGGGCUCGACCUCGACGCCAUGGAAUUCAAGGAAGAAUUGGUAGAGAUGCGCCAGCACCUGAGGGGCCUGGUGGCGGAAUUCUGUGUCGGUGCCAGUGGCAACGUCACUGCCCCGGACAGGUGGCUUUCGGAGCUGAACGUCGCCUGGCUUCUCCAUCUCAGCGAGCUUGGUGCAUCUGCGCGGGGCAGCUUCAUCUCACGGCAGCUGCAACAACUUGUGCAGAGUUGGAUCCUGGCUCUACGGAAAAUCAACACAUCUAUGAUCUGGGCAUGCUUUAGUGGAUUUUCUAGUCAGGAGAAAGCAACUGUUGCGCCACCUGCAGCUCCUGAAUUUGUAUGCUUUAUCGAAGCAACGUUGUGGAAGAUGUUCAUUUUUGCUGGCACCAUCGCUGGUACCAUCGCUGCUCCUCUGAAUUUUGAUGAUACUAACUGCCAAGAACAUAUUGUUUCUAGGGCGGCUGGGGAGCUCCGGGCACUGCUCGACAUGCGUGAUGCUCUCUCCUCGGUCUCAGAACACAUCAUGAUGUCGUUCCGCUCCUCACCCUAUGUACAAUCCACAAUCCACAAGGAUAUAACUGACGAUAUGGGAGGCCUCUUGUCAGCAGAACUGGGCAAGCUGGAUGAGGCCGUGCGUGACGCAAGGUAUCGCAUAAGGACCGCUGCCAUGUCAUCCUUGGACGACGACGACUCCUCUGCAGAGGCAGGGGGCACUACUCAGACUACCCUGAAAUCAUCACCCGACAUCCACAAGGUCACUCGGUCCGUCAUAAACUGCAUCAAAGUGCUGUCUGCUAAUCAUACGCAUGGUUAUCAAGAUGGACUUAUUAUGGAGAUGGCCACUUCUUUAGAAGAAAAGCUUACCAGAGUAUCACAGUCAUUCCCAGACCAGAGCCUCAGGUUCCUAUUCUUGAUCAAUAACACCCACUUCAUAAGGCAGCAGCUCCACCAUGACCUCACUCACAAAAUCAACACGUACAUAGAGAGUUAUCUCCAAGUGUCGUGGGCACCAAUGUUGAAAUGUCUGAACAAUACCACGUUUCAUUGCUUCAAAAGAAACUCACCGCUGCCAAAGUUCGAGUCCGAGUUUCAGAUGACCUACGCUGUGCAAAAGCUCUGGAAAGUCCCGGACCCUUGGCUAAGGAAAAGGCUGCGUGAAGCUAUCAUUGAAAUAGUUGUUUCAGACUUGACAAAAUACUUGGAGGAUAACAAUAGGAUCACCCCAGGAAUCACUCCUCAGGAGGUGGAGGAGAUGCUGCAGGAGCUAUUUGAAGGGUGA